AUGAGCUCGCAAGGAUGUAAAAAUACUAAAUUAUAUACAUUCUAAUCGAACAAUAGUUAAAACUUUACAAAUAAACCAAGAUUGGUCAAAUAUCAAGUCUUGAGAAAAUAAACUGGUUUGGGUUCGAGAAUCAUUAGAUAACCAGACAAUAAUGUGGAGGAAUAAAUAAUUGAAACUUGCAAGUCUCUUAUGCAGGCACGACCAGACACUCAAUAAUCAAAAUAAAAAAGUGGAACUUAAGUCGUCUAGGAAAGACCUGAAACUCGAGAAAAAGCUGCAUCCAGACUUAGAACUCCAAAAUCAGAAAGUUUAUUACGAUUUAAGAGUCAAGAAAAUUUGAUAGAAGACUUUUAACCAAUCAAUUAAUAAUACAAUUAUGUGGAUGAAAUUCCAUUGGAUCAUCCAAUUUGGAAAUUAAUUUUGCCAGACAUUUAAAGCGUCAACAUUCCUAAGCUAAUCAAUGACAAUCCAGAUUAUUUCCAUCAUUAAUUAGGAUUUUGUGCUUGUUAUAAAUGCGAAUGUGGUUAGUGUAAAUGUAAUUUCUCUAAAACUUGUAAAUUGAAUUAUUCCUCUUCUCAAAAUACUGUUUAUGGCAAGGAUUUCCUACAUAAACAAACAGGAUUCAAUGCUCUAAGACCAUUAAAUUAAACGUAUUACUCAACUCAAUUUUGCAAUCAAAAACCGAUUGAUCAACAAAGUUUGCAUUAAGUAACCUAUCUAAAAUCUAUAUAGACAUCAUACAAACAAUUCAAAGUGCCUGUAUAAGAAAUGCUUAGACCAUAAUCUCAAGAGCAUCGAGGCGAUUUUUUGGGCAACAGUAGUUACAAAACUCAAUUUAAAUUUUGGGGACCACCUGAAACUGCUCAUUUUAAAAGACCUGUUCAUUAAAGUGUGAGUGAUCAAAUCCCAUUCACAGCCCAAUCUUUGUAUUAAGACUCAUUUGCAAACAAACCCUAUUAAAAACCCAGUGAUUCGUUAAAGAUGGUCACUGAAUUAACUCCUUUACCUACCGGAUAACCCUUUGUCUCGUAAUCUUAAACUCAAUUGGCAUAUCAACCAUUCAGAAUUCAAAAGAAUCCAAAAUUGGAGAGUGAUAAAAUCAAUGAUUAUGGAAGAAGUCCGAAAUAUGAUACUCAAUAUAAAAGUCUGGUGAAUACGGAAUACACUCCAAAAAGACAAAGAUAUUGUCCAGCAAAGGAAUACAUUGCUCAUUAUUAGUAAAGAGCAUUAUAAAAAUUAAAAUAAUAAUAAUGA